AUGCGCCUCUCAGUGGCUCGCUCAGACUUGCCAUUUCUUUCCGGCCUAACAAUCCUAAUCUUCCCAGUCUAUCACAAAAUCGGAGUCGGUGGGCACGACACCGCCGACUCGAUGGCUGAGCUGAACCGCGCUCUCUACAAUGUAGCAUGGAUCGCCCCUCUGGAAAUCGAGGCUCAGGCAGCCUUGCACAUGCUGGACGAGAGGCAUCACGGUCGUUUCACCGUGGCAAGAGGCGACGACUACGUUUUCCAUGCGGGAACUUUGUGCGGACACAACGUCGUCAUCGCCACGCUUCCCGCUGGCCAGGAAUAUGGAACGGGAUCAGCAGCCGCCCUCGCGGGGCAGCUGAAGAAGUCGUUCCCCAACCUUUGGUUCGGGCUCCUGGUUGGAGUCGCCGCCGGUCUUCCUGACCACCGAGCAGAUCCACCGCGCGACAUCCGGCUCGGCGAUGUCCUCGUGGCCCUUCCUGUGGGUAACAGCGCAGGCUUGGUGGCGUACGACUUGGGGAAAGAAACGGGGGCGGAGGGCUUCCAACCGCUUCGUUUCGGGCACGUACUCGCCGAGACGGAGACUGUGGUCAGGUCUGCGAUCGGCAGCAUCAAGCUCAGGGCGCCGCAUGAUGCUGACGCUCUUCUGGAACACUACGACGGUAUGAAGCACAAGGAACACGCGACCGGGACGUUUGCCGACCCCGGCAUGCACAAUGACAAGUUGUACGGGAUCAACGGCCUCGGAGACGAAGAGGAGAUCAUACGCGACACGCGGCCGCCUGCGAAGAGGACCCGGGUUUGGUACGGUCCUAUCGGCUCCGGGGACAAGCUGAUGCGGAACUCGCGUCAGGGGAAUGAGCUGCGGGACAAGUACGGUGUCAUCGGCCUCGAAAUGGAGGCCGCCGGCACCAUGAACCGGAUUCCUGUGGGCGUCAUCCGUGGUGUUUGCGAUUAUGCGGACGAGCAUAAGAACAAAGACUGGCAGCCAUAUGCGGCGGCUAUGGCUGCAGCGUAUGCCAAAGCUAUCUUGUGUGAGAUUCCGCCCGAACGAGGGGCUCGGCUUGGCGAGGGUACUGAACCUGUCCGCAAGGGUUUCCCAUGCCACUCUCGCCCCUCCCAAAGUCGCCCCGAAAGUCGGCAGAGCCGUUGGCCAGAGUUUCAAAAUGAACGCCCGGCGCUGUCUUCAAGGCUGUUGGAACGGCACGACAUCCCCUCUUGUCUUAUGAGCAACAGUGACACAUGGUCUACCAGCGGCAGAGACACACCCUUUACCCUAGUCGUGUAUGGUCUUGCCGGAGCGGGGAAGAGUCAGAUAUGUCUGAAGGGAAUAGCAGAUAACGAGCAAAAGUUUCAGAGCAUCUUUUAUGUGGACGCCAGCAACCGAGUCUCUGCCGACAGUAACUUCUUGGAAAUAUCUCAAAUCUGCGCCAUCCAGAACAGUUGGGACGGCAUCGAACUCGACCACAGAAUACGCCUCACAAGGGCGUGGCUGGGCGCCAGAAAAGAACCGUGGCUACUGAUUUUCGACAACGCAGACGCGUCCGAAGUUAAGUUGUCAAGAUAUAUCCCAACCAGCGGUCCCGGUAUCAUUAUCAUCACAACUACCGACGAACGGCUAGCAAAUUAUGGCAAUAACUUCUGCAAGGUUGACCCUAUGGACAAAAACCACGCCACGAAGUUGUUGAUGAGCUACAAGCGACCGGAUACGACCUUGACCUCGGAGGAGCAUAAAGCUGCCGAGACUCUGGCCGUGAACCUACUCGGUGGCCUGCCCUUGGCUAUCGCUCAGGCUGGCUCCUACAUCUUCAACAAGCGAUGUACCUAUACCGAAUACUGUAGAGAGUUCGUCGAGUCACCUUCCGUGUCCCUUGACUACGACUACCAAUCAAUGCAGUGGUCCGGCCAUUCAGGAACUGUGUGGACAACCUUCAUCAUUUCCCUUCGUCGAAUCCAGUUGCUUCCUGAGCGAGGCACGAGAGAAGCCGUCGAGCUCCUUCGAACGCUGAGUUUUCUCCACAACGAAGGGAUACAGAAGCGUUUCUUCCAGAAAGCCUGGGAGAACAUGGUACUUGCGCCUACGUGGGCAAAGCAUUUGCCGCUCCUGGACCAAAAGAGCCCCCGCUGGGAUACGCCUGACGUCCAGGCGGCAUUCGAGAUACUGUGCCGAUACAGCCUGAUAACCUGCCAGUCGCAGCAAAACCAGGAGUAUUCUGUUCACAGAUUGGUGCAUACCAUAUGCAGAGAGUCCUUGUCCGAUUCCGAACAGCAAAAGUACACAUCCGCAGCUAUUUCCCUCAUAGCCCUAGCACUGUUGGAUAUACAGACGCCUCUGACGUGGAUCUACAACCCCUCAGGUUUCGAGCUGGAGAAUGCUCUCGUGCCGCAUAUCAGAGCGUCUGCGAUUGAAAGGGUUGGAACAAUGCUUCGAUCACAGGACGAUCAGGCUUUCAAGCUCAAAGCCGCAAUGAUAAUGAGAAUGUCAAAAGCAUGCUCGGCGACGGGACUAUUCUGGGAUGCCCGGGUCUUGGCGAGAGGGAUUCACGAGACCUUGAUGACCAGAGGAAGAACCAUACGGGAGUUUCCGGGUUCUUUGCAAGCAGUGGAACAACUGGCUUCAUGCGAAGCUCAGCUCGAAAACCAUGAAACGGCGCUCAAGUUACGUUUCGAGCUUCACGUAGAGUAUACGAGAAGAAAGAAGCAAGGGGACGACUCUUGCGUGGCGAUGAUGAACCUCGCCGACAGCCUUUGGAUGACCGGACGCAAGCAAGAGGCUAUGGAGAUGGCCAGAGAGGCCAUGAAACGUCGCCAAGCCGCUUUAAGCUCAAACGAUCCGCGUUUGUUACGUACCCGGCGAAAAGUUGCGGAAUACCUACAUGGCACGAACAAGCGGCGAGAAGCCCUCGAGUUGCGAGAAAAGAUUCUUCGAGAAUCCCAUACGCGGGAGAAUGCAUCUGAGGUAGAGCAGCUCGACAACCUAGCUACCAAGAAUGCCAUGGCAGACAGCUACCACUGGGACGGCCAGCUGCUGAAGGCGUUGGACCUGCGGCGUGAGAUCUACGAAGGGAGGCUGAAGACGUUGGGCGCACAUCACCCAGAUACACUGCUGGCCCAUGACAGUCUGCUGGGUACCAGGUGCGCAUUUGUCAAAAGGAAUGAAGAGAAACGAGAGAUUCUCCAAAUGAGGAAGCGCUCCGUAAAGGCCUGGAAACACAUUCGCGGAGACGGCCAUCCGUAUACGCUCGAAGCAAGAGUCAACCUAGGCCGCUGUUACAGUAGCCUUAGCCAAUGGGACGAGGCUUUGGACGAGCUGACAGCUGUGUUAGAUAUACGUAAGAAAGCCUUCGAGAAGGAAAAGACGACAGCCACGACCAUUCCUUACCUCUCUUCCAUGGGUAGCGUUGCAAACGUCCUCACGAAGAUGGGCUAUUUAACCAUGGCUCUGGAAAGGAGAGAAGAGGCCUUCCAAACCGCCCGUCAAUGUGAACACUUGUUGGAGAUUGGGAUUCUGUCCAAGGCAGAAAACAGCUAUAUUAACUGCUGCAGAAGCCAGGCUACCGGAGACUUUGAGAAGUUAGCAGUCUUGAGGCAGAGGCAAGAUUUGCUGGAGAAGCUGCUAGCCGCAGACCGAUCGGAAGACGAUGUGAGUGCUUUGCGAACAAUGUCUUUACUUGCAACAGAUCUUCAAGACCUGGGGCAUAUAGACGACGCCUUCAGCGUACGGAUGGUUUUGCUGGAGACACAACGUCACGCCCUGGGUGCAGAGAACCGCGAGACGUUGCGCAACAAGAGGAAGAUUGCGCUGCUUAUAUUUGGCCAUGACCCGAAGCUUCGUCAAGGAUACGAGGAAGGCUUGAGUAGGAUGAAGAUGGUCGAAGAGGCCGAGAGCAGGCUCAUGGGUGACGACCACAAGAAAACCCGUCGCACGAUGUUUGAGCUUUUGGACAUGUACAAACGCGCCAAGAAACAUAAGGAAGCUCGCGAUUUACGAGCGCGUCUCGAGCGAUCGACGCGGGGAAAAGCCGACAGAGAACCCAGGAACUCGCCAGCAAAAGAGAAGCUCCCGGCUAGAUCGAACAGGGCGAGAGUCUCUGGGGAUGGCGAACGCUCGCACUCAUCUCCGGGGGCAUCUUCGGGAUCGGAAGAAUCAUCAAGCGAUACAAACUUUCCGGAGUCCGGUUCGGAAUCAUGUUCAGCAGACUCAUGUUCGGAGGAACCAUGCUCGGAGGAACCAGGCUCGGAGGAAUCAGGUUCGGAGCUUGAUGUGGGCCGUCCGGUCUCCCCGACUGCUUCUUCGUUGUCGUCAGAAGCUAGCCUGUGGGCAUCAGACUACACAGACGACGAUGUGGUGGUGGUCAGGAACGAUACCGUCGAUUGGGUGGAUGUGCGGGAGGGAGUAAGUGUGUGA